CAAACUCCGCAAAGCACUACGGGAACACGUGCGGUCAAGAUGGCGGCGCCCUUCACUAGAGUUUAUAGACCAUUAUGGAGAAUAAUAACUACAACUACAUUAAACAAAGGCGUGCGAAAUGUUUCGUCCACUAGGCAACAGUGGUCUGCGCAAAAUGUCAAAACUGCGGGUGUCGCGUCUCCGUGGGCGCUGCAUGGAGCCGUUUGUCUGCAGCGACUGCCUGUGGUCUCUCAAGAUAGGAGCCCUAUUGAGGAGCAGUUCAUGGAGCUAAUGCACCAGAUGGAGUUAGAGAGAAGUCUGCUUUCGGACCAUGACCUGAGGCUCCUCGAGGACGCUGCACGGAUGAGCCGAAAACAAGAAGAGGAUUCAGAUGAAGAGGAGGAGGAUUAUAGAGACAAUGAAAUUUUCACAGCCCAAGAUCUGGAAGAUAUUUGGGAACAAAAACUGAAGCAAUAUCAACCAGCUCCGAGGUCACAAGGUGUUGACGAGAAAGGCGUGAGUUCUUCAGAGCGUUGUUUAGCAGAAAGCCUGAUCUUGCUGGUGAAGAAGGAUGUUGGCAGUCAAAAGCUUUGGCUCCUGCCUCAGAUACAGUGGCAGACGGGAGAGACACUUCGACAGACGGCCGAACGUGCUCUUGCAAGUCUUCCAGGUGCUGAACUAAAGGCCACUUUCCUUGGCAAUGCACCCUGUGGAUUUUACAAAUAUAAAUACCCAAAGGACAUUCAGAAAGAGGGCAGUGUUGGAGCCAAGGUGUUCUUUUUCAAAGCGGUGCUAUCCAGCCAUAAGCACUUACCUCUGGAGAAGAAUUCAUUUGCCUGGGUAAAAAAGGAUGAACUCCAGGACUUCCUGAAGCCAGAGUACCUAAAACAAGUCAGACGCUUCAUUAUGGCUCUGUAAUAUGGGAAGACAUGAACAUGAUGGAGAAUAUGUUGGAAAACAGACCGCAAGUUUAUGCUUUUCAUAUUUUUGGACUAUGAUUCCAUGAGUUUGGACCCUAUUCCAUCAUAUGAUGGCAAUAUAAAUGAUGUUCAGAUUGUCGUAUAGAUACACUCUAUUGUCAUCUGUCAUGUAUUUGUAUAUUUAUCCUGCUUGUAACUGGAAACCUAUAUGACGAUUAAUGCAAUAUUAAAAAGGUCGGUUUUUGACUUCAUUGCAUGUGAUCAACAAGUGGAGAAAAGUCUUUGUCUUGCAAAAUAAUGCUCAGGAGGCAGAGUUUCAGAAGUCAAAAUUAGACUUUAUUGCAAGAAGACAACAAAGCCGAGAUAACUGUAGAACAUCUGAAUCUUUCUUUGUCCAGGAUACCAUACAAUUUUGUUAUCGGACGGUCACUGUCCAAUGAGCGUAGAGACCACUUGUUGCUGCCCAGUACUUUUCCACGGUUGUUUAUUAGUUUUCAUAAUGCUUAAUUUCAUUGUAGAAAAACACCUGCUAGUCUGUUUUUCAAAAGAACUUCUCUUAUCUACCACUUUCCAGGUGCUCAAGGUUACAAAGGCAGAUACAUUUUAGGAUUUUAAUGAGCUGUCGGGAUUUUAAAGAGUUGUACACACAUUAUCUAUUUCCACACUAUCU